CGUUUCGGUCGUCUGUUCGAGCACCACAAAGGGCGACAAUGAGUUUAAAUGCUAGUGGUUUGGAAUAAUUGCCGCUCGAGGAAAGUCCCUACAAACAAAAACAAAAAACUUAAGAUGGCCUGCAUAUCAGCUCCUCCUCCUCCUCUUUUGUCAAAUCCCUGUGGUUCAGUGAAACCCGCUCGGCUCUCAUGGGCAUCUUCUUUUCCCAAGCUUGGCAUCUCCUUCAAUUGCAUCACAGCCCCUUCUAGUUCCCUUCACACGCAAAACAAGGAUUCCUUCAUUCGAGCUGCAUGGACCCGGAGAUCUCGAGGUGAGGCUGCAAAAAGACCUAAUAGGAAAUCAUGGUCGCAAAGGACAGAUAUGUACAUGAGGCCAUUUUUACUGGAUGUUUUCUUUUCAAAACGAUUUAUCCAUGCCAAAGUGAUGCACCGGGGUACCAGCAAAGUGAUAUCCGUGGCCAGCACGAAUUCCAAGGAUUUGAGGUAUUCGUUGACGUCGCUUGUCGACAACGAUGCGUGUCGAGUCAUAGGAAACCUGAUCGCAGAGAGGUGCAAGGAUGCUGAUGUAUUUGCAAUGUCUUUUGAACCCAAAAAGAAUGAGAGGAUUGAGGGUAGGCUUGGAAUUGUUCUCGAUACCAUUAGGGAGAACGGAAUCAUGUUCGUUUAGAACCUGUGAGAAUCAGUUCUAGUUCUUUUUUGUGUUAAAGUUAACAUGUACAUCAGUUUUAAGUGUUAAUUUAAAAACCAUUAACUUAACUU